AUGUGUACUGUAUUGGUGAAUGUUCAACACGAGACUGGCAAGUUCCCCGACCUUCCCGACGAAGAGGAGGGCGGGUCAUCCAGCAUCGUCGGCAUGGCUCGACCCGACGAUGACAUGACCAGAGGAUGCCGAGGUCAAUUGAGAGAGAAAUUUUGGGACAUAUUCAGGAGCGAACGUGAAAAGGCGAGAGAACAAGCUAAACAGAAGAAGAAGAAGGAGGAAGAGGAUCGGUCGAUAAGCUUAAAGCCUUCCAGUUUCGUGAGCGAUAUUCAAGCUUCGUGUGACAAGUACCAGGACGUGUGGGUGGUGAGGGAUAUCGAGAGGAACCCCAAGGAGCGACCCGAGAAGGACAUGAUUGAGGCGGAACAAAGGUCAAAGGUCGAGGUCGAGAUCAGGAGACAAGUGGACUAUCUCAUGAGGCAAGAGCUGCAGCGUCUUAAGGAGGACGUGGAGGGCGAGAAGCGAGGCGCCAAGAAGAAGAAGAGAGUGAAAAAGGGCGGAAAGAAGGGCAGGAAACGGAAGGAGAAGGACUUGACCCCCGACCGCACGACAGAGUCCUUGUUCGAGGAGCUGGUUCUUAAUGGUAUUAUCAAGAAAGUUCCCGAGGUGCGUCUGAAGGACAUCUACGGCAGCAUCAACCUCGUCGGGUCGGAGGUGGUGAACAAGACGAAGUAUCCUCUGCCAGCUCUCGGGGACAUCAAGAACAUCCUCGCCGAGUACGUGGUGCUCCCCCUGGGUACAGCUCGUGAGAAGCGUCUCGUGUGUGGCCCAGAGGCUGCGGGAAAAACAAGUCUCGUACACCCUGCCUACGAGGCAGGGGCCACGCUCAUGGACCUCACGGCCACCAACAUCGUGGGGCGUUAUCCUGGCAGGGCUGGUCUUAACAUGCUCACGCACCUUGUCAUGAAGGUGGGGCGGCUGCUGCAACCCACGCUCGUGCUCAUAGACAACGCCGACAAGAUGUUCCUGAAGAAAGUGCCGAAGACGGACAAGUCGGACCCUAGACGCCUCAGGAAGGAGAUGCCACGCAUGCUCAAGAACAUAGGACCCGAAGACAGGAUCGUUGUUGUAGGAACCACCAAUGCCCCUUGGAACUGCGACGUCAAAUCCAUGUCGUCGGUUUACCAGAAGAUGUUGAUGGUGUAUCGGCCGACGUACGGCGAUCGAGCGAAUCUCUGGAGGCAUCUCAUCACCAAGAACGGAGCACAGCUGUCUCCUCGGCUGGACAUCGGAGGUCUUGCCCGGAUAACCGACGGGUUCACAACAGGCCACAUUUUCAGCGUCGUGAGUCAAGUGGUCACAGAACAGCGUCUCGCCAAGCAGGACAAAUCACCUCUGACAGCGGUUGAAUUCGUGGUGCCCUUGAGCAAGAUAGAACCCAUCUACAAGUAAGUCCGUGUACAGGAGGGUAUGUGUGCUUGCUGCUGCAUGUAUGUGUGUG